ACAUAUGUGGCUCUGUCGCGUUUAGGAACAGAAUCCCUUAAAGUUCUUAAGUUGGUAGCGUUAACACGAAAAUGCUAUUGGUAGUAUUGUGAAAGCGUCUUUUCCGGAAUUUAAAAUUUUUUAAAGUUUAAGUUUAUAAUUACCAAUUAAUUCGUGUUAAGUUGGAGCAGAUAAUUAAACUAAUCGAAAUGGAGGCACCAAUAUGUGACAGCAUAAAAUUAGAAAACGAAGGACUGCAGGUAGCUGAAGGUAGGAAGUCCAACACAACGACACUGAUGUCAUCGCUUCACUUUAAAAGUGAACUGCUAGCCAAGAUGAAGGCCAGAGAACAUGUAACCAAAAUCAAAGUGGAAUACGAUUUACAAGAGUUGGACUCUCUGAAGGAAUCCUCCGAAGCGCCUCUUGCUGCCCUGCGUGAAGUAAAAAGCAAACUGGAGGAAGCCCUUGAAGUGGAAACUAUUUACGCGCCGCAAUUGGCAAGGGAGGUUCAAAAUACGGAAAAAAUUAAAGAUAUGUUGAUUGUUCAUCACACGGAGACAGAAAGAAAGUAUGCGUCGAAACUUAAACUGAUAUCUGCUUUAGAAGCUAAACAAAAAGAUUUGUUCCCACACUAUACUUCGGAAAAAGAAAAUGUGAUGAAAAUUAUUACUGAAAAGAGAAAAACCUUAAUUGAAAUAGAAAACCGAAAAGAAACUGAGCAGUUACGCUUUGAAACCGAGAUAAAUAAAAAAACAUACGAUUUUGAAAAGUUGCACAUGUCCAACAAAACUCUCAUGACAGAUACUGAAGGAUAUAAGCAGAAACUUGACGAUUUACAGAAACUGUGUGCCCUUAAUACAUCAACUUUUGAGUCUUUAAUUGAAGAUCACCGUCUCGUACAGAAUGCCCUUACCUGCAAGGUUGCAGAGAUUGACGAAUUGAAGAAGACAGGAGAUCGGGCAAAGAAGCAGAAUUCUGAUAAGCUGAAUGAACUCGAAAAUGAUUUGCAAACUGCAAAAGAGAAAUUCGAACAGCUGACACAAAUGGAGCUGGUAGCACAAGAGAAAUGUGACGAAAAUUUGAAUAAGGUGAAAGAGUUAGAGAAUGAUCUUGAGAAACUCGAGGAUGAAAAUGUGUCACUGAAUAGAGACGGAGAUGAGCUAAGAUGUAAAAGGCAAGCUUUUGCAAAGGAAAUUACUGCGAACCUAACCCAAUUGGAGCUCGAACAGGAAGCUGUCACUACUAAACGUCUGCAGCUCAAUGAAGCUGUGAUAAAUAAGAAGUUGCAAAAAGAGGAGAGUCUGAAUAUCCAAAGUGGUUUAGAUGAAGAAAUUUCCACCGCAAGUAAGAAGUCUGCAGAUUUAAAGACACUUUUUGAAGAAUGUGACAAAGAAAUUCUUGCAAACACUGCCAUAAAAGAAGCAUUGGUGCGAGAAGAAAUGGUGCUUGUAUCAAAGAUCGAUAACUUGAGAUCAUCUCUCUCUGCAUUACAAAACAAUAGACUUUGUCGGCAAGAGAACAAUAAUGCCUUAUUGCGAGAGUUAAAGGCACAAGUCGCAAAUACACAAUUCGAACAUGAGCAGGCAACUCGCAAGCAUUUGAUUACCACAGUUAGUGCACGUAAUCAGCUCGAUGAUUACAAGUAUGGGAAAGAGCGUCUGUAUCAGCAGAACGAAAAUGACCGUAAGCGAACUUUAGAAGAGCUACAGAACGAAAUAACGACAUUAAAAAACACUGUAAACGAGGAGAAGGACAGUAUUAACCAUCUGAGUCGCUCCAUUGCUGAGAAGAAAGUGUCACAUGAUAGACUCCUUCAAGAUUUGCGAAACUUGCACAAAGAACCCGCUGUCGAUAAUAAAAAACAGCCCACAGGUAUUUUGAAGUCACCGGGAAAAGCUAGUGUCUCCCCUAAAAAGGUUUCGUUUGAGAGACGUGCUACAGACACCGAGUCAGAGACAGCAAGCCAAAGCCUGAACAAAUCCAACAGCGAAGUACUUUAGGAGAAAAUCACUAUAAAAUAAGCAUACAUGCCUAACAGUUCCCAAGUUUAAUGUUUUUGAAGUUUAGUUAUUAGAAAUAAAAGUUUAGUUUCACAA